AAGAUGUGCAGCACUUUCACACACACGGACCCAUGUGGCAACUGUGGAAAGGCCAAAACUCUCCAGAUGUCUUCCAAUAAUGAUCAAGUUUUUAUCCCAAUGUCACGAAGAAACACCAAUGACCUCUCCAGGAUGACCUCCAACAACCUGAAGACAUUUACUGAAGUAGCCGUGUUAAGUUUUCAUAACAUUUGCUAUCGAGUAAAAGUGAAGAGUGGCUUUCUUCUUGGCCGAAAAACAGUUGAGAAAGAAAUCCUGACAGAUAUCAAUGGCAUCAUGAGACCUGGCCUCAAUGCCAUUCUAGGACCCACAGGUGGUGGCAAAUCUUCGUUGUUAGAUAUCUUAGCUGCAAGGAAGGAUCCGAAUGGAUUAUCUGGAGAUGUUUUGAUAAAUGGAGCACCUCGACCUGCCAAUUUCAAGUGUAAUUCAGGUUAUGUGGUACAAGAUGAUGUCGUGAUGGGAACUCUGACAGUGAGAGAAAAUUUACAGUUCUCAGCAGCUCUCCGGCUUCCGACCACCAUGACAAGUCAUGAAAAAAAUGAGCGAAUUGACAAGGUCAUUCAGCAGUUAGGUCUGGAUAAAGUGGCCGAUUCCAAGGUUGGAACUCAAUUUAUACGUGGUGUGUCUGGAGGAGAAAGAAAAAGGACUAGUAUUGGAAUGGAGCUUAUUACCGAUCCAGCCAUCUUGUUCCUGGAUGAGCCCACAACUGGCUUAGACUCAAGCACGGCAAAUGCUGUUCUUUUGCUCCUGAAGAGGAUGUCUGAACAGGGACGAACAAUCAUCUUCUCCAUUCAUCAGCCUCGUUAUUCUAUCUUCAAGUUGUUUGAUAGCCUCACCUUGUUGGCCUCAGGAAGACUAAUGUUCCACGGGCCUGCCCAGGAGGCCUUGGGGUACUUUGCAUCAGUGGGUUACCACUGUGAGCCUUAUAAUAACCCUGCAGACUUCUUCCUGGAUGUCAUUAAUGGAGACUCCUCUGCUGUGAUAUUAAACAGAGAGGACCAAGAGGGCGAAGUCAAGGAGACUGAAGAGCCUUCCAAGAGAGAAUCUCCACUCAUAGAAAAAAUAGCUGAGUCUUAUGGCAACUCUGACUUUUGCAGAAAAACAAAAGAUGAGUUAGAUCGACUCGUAAAGGGUCAUCAAAGGAAGAGCUCAGCCUUUAAGGAGAUCACCUAUGCCACCGCCUUCUGUCAUCAACUCAGAUGGAUUUCCAAGCGUUCAUUCAAAAACUUGCUGGGCAAUCCCCAGGCCUCUAUAGCUCAGAUAAUUGUAACAGUCAUCCUGGGAUUGGUUAUUGGCGCUAUUUUCUAUGAUCUAAAAAAUGAUCCUACAGGAAUCCAGAAUAGAUCAGGGGUGCUCUUCUUCCUGACGACCAACCAGUGUUUCAGCAGUGUUUCAGCUGUGGAGCUCUUUGUGGUCGAGAAGAAGCUCUUUAUACAUGAAUAUAUCAGUGGAUACUACAGAGUGUCAUCUUAUUUCUUUGGAAAACUGUUAUCUGAUUUACUACCCAUGAGGAUAUUACCAAGUAUUAUAUUUACUUGUAUAAUAUACUUCUUGUUAGGCUUGAAACCAGUUGUGGAGGCCUUCUUCAUCAUGAUGUUCACCCUUAUGAUGGUGGCUUAUUCAGCCAGUUCUAUGGCACUGGCCAUAGCAGCAGGCCAGAGUGUGGUAUCCAUAGCAACACUUCUCAUGACCAUCUCCUUUGUGUUUAUGAUGAUAUUUUCAGGGCUGUUGGUAAAUCUCAGAACUGUUGGGCCUUGGCUCUCCUGGCUUCAGUACUUAAGCAUUCCUCGAUAUGGCUAUGCGGCUUUGCAGCAUAAUGAGUUUUUGGGACAAAACUUCUGCCCAGGAGUCAAUGUGACAGCGAAUAAUACCUGUAGCUAUGCGAUAUGUACUGGCGAAGAAUUUUUGCUAAACCAGGGCAUCGAUCUCUCCCAGUGGGGCUUGUGGAAGAAUCACGUAGCCUUGGCAUGUAUGAUUGUUAUCUUCCUUACAAUUGCCUACCUAAAAUUGUUAUUUCUUAAAAAAUAUUCUUAAAUUCCUCUGUAAUUUACAUGAUUGAUCCACACAUUAAAAAUGGAGCAUCUUGAUUUAUUUUAAAUAUUC